UUCCCAAAGAAACGUGUAUUUCUGUUUUAUAUACUAUUACAACUUUUCAUUGUAGCUGUGACAGAUUCAGUCAACAGCAUUCCGUACCACCAAAGCUAGUUUCCAAUAAAGUGUAGAUGUAUCAGAAAUAUGAGUUUACGGAAAGUUGUGAUAAAAUCACAAAAGUUGUGAUGUCGUAAAAUUGGAACGUGUUGCGAUUUAAUAAAUCUCUCAGUUCUUUUACAAUAGUACGCUUGCAUCGAGCAAUCCGAAAUCUUUAAGAAUGACUUAAAUGGAUCGCGAUCAUUAUUAAAGAGCUUCAAUGCGCAAUGUUGGAUAUCAUAUUAUGCUGGAUAUGUUGGCUGUUUUGGGUGGGUCUACCGACACUUUCAGCCUAUCCCGUAUCGUCUUCGAUACGAACAGAUUUGCCAUUCAACCACACUUCGUCAAAAUGGGAACGAUAUUGGAUACAGUAUAUGAUUGGACUUUUAAGUGUGACUGCUGCAGCAUUUACUUUAGUUGGAUGUCUUUGUUGUCGAAGACCUAGACGACCUAAAGGGUUUGAGGACAAAGCAAAACAGUACAAACAGGAGUUCAAAGAUGGAAACAACAUUGGACAAGAAUCAGCGUUUGAGCACUCCAUGGAAGGUUUAGAGUUAGAUGUUCCACGUAUGUUAACCGUUACAGAGAGAGUUGAGUUUGAACCACUACCUGUGGAUCACAUUAUAUCUGGAUCUAAGAAUUCCUCAAAAUCUAAACCAUUACCACUGUCAACGACAUUUUUUGAAGACCGUGAUUCUGAUCCUAAUGCUCUCCCAGAACACUGUCGCGAGUGGUUUAAUGCACAGGAAUUGUCUAUACCCAGAGAAAAACUGAAAUAUUUGAGAGAGAUAGGUCAUGGUUGGUUUGGAAAAGUUGUAGAGGGCCGUGCAGACUUAGAAGGAUGUAAAAGAUCAUCAAAAAAUGGUGGUGUUGUUGUAAGAAUCCUGACAGAAGAAGCUACUACAAAAGAAAAAGCUUGGUUUCUUGGUGAAGUUACACCAUAUUUAAAGUUGCAACAUCAAAAUAUUUUGACGUUAUUGGGUUUUUGUUUAGAAACUGACCCAUACCUAUUGAUAUUUGAAUCUUGUCCAGUUGGUGAUCUCAAAGGUUUUUUGUUAUCAAAUUACGAUCAAAAGUCUCAAGAAGCACUUAAUAAAGAGAACAUUCCGAUUCGAAUGGCACUGGAAAUUGCAGCUGGUUUAAAACAUAUGCAUAGUCAUGAGUUUGUGCAUACAGACUUGUCUGCAAGAAAUUGUUUAAUUGCAUCAGAUUUAUCUGCAAAAUUGGGAGAUUAUGGAACUGGUGUAGAAAAAUAUCCUGAAGAUUAUUAUAUAGUAGGAGAUCGCGCAUUACCUAUCAGAUGGUCAGCACCAGAAAGCAUUGAAUGUACCGAUACUACUAUUGAAACAAGAGAGAUAACAUCUCAAGCAAAUAUGUGGAGUUAUGCAAUUUUCCUUUGGGAAAUUGCUACUUGGGGAAAUAGACCGUACAAUGAUAAGAGUGACGAGCAAGUUAUUCAAAUGCUGUUAUCUUUAAGAACUGAUUCCUUACCGAAUGGUAUGCAGGCUUAUUUAGAAAGUUGUCCACCAAAUAUACUUCAAGCAAUUCAUUUAUGUCUGAAUUUAAAUCCACAAAAGAGAUCAACUUUGGAUGAGGUGAAGCAAGCGCUUUUGAAUGAACACACAGAUUAUUUAGACUUUGAGCAAAGAUGGGAAAAUUUACGAAUGAAUACUACUAAACACAUCCGUAGUGCUAGCUUACAGGAUCUUAGAGGUAGCAUUGAUUCAGAUUACUGGACUACUGUUGUUGAUGAUACACCACGGCAAUCUCCAUUUCGCCUUGGACCAGGUGAACCAGUGAAAAAUGUACCAAGUGUUAAAAAUGUUCUUGUUCAUCAUGAAUCUAGUUCUGAAACUGAAGAAGAAAGUUGGAAAGGACGAAUCGAGAAAGGAGUUUACACUGAAAAAGUAAAACAAAAAUCUAAAUCUGUUACGGAUUUAAUGGUGCUUGUACAUAUUGAUCCUGAUUCUGAUGCAGACUUAUCAAUGGGAGCUCAAAUAUCAGAGAAACAUGCAAAGAAAAAAUUAUCUGUUGCUGGCAGUGAUAGUGACAUUAGACAUAAUAUUCAUAUGGAUGAAUUUGAUGAGGCAUUGAGAAAAUUACGAGAUCCUUUGCCAAAUAGUACUUCUAAUAAGAUCAAAAUGUUAGAUAAUGCAGAAAGGCCAACAUUACUGACAUUAACAAUGGAUCAGGGUCAGACACCAAUUCUAAGGUUAUCGUUAGAUGAUAAUAAAUCUACUGUAGAAACCGAGCCUACACCUGUUGCAAAUACAAGCACAGAAACUCGUAAUGAUAAACAUGUAUUGAGACUUCUGUCAAAAGGAGAUCCUAAUCUCCCUCUUCUUCGUUUUGUACCUGAUGACACAUCCUCUUUUGAAAUGUUACAACAAAAGAUGGAGCCUCAAUAUAAUGAUGUGUCUAAACACGAAAAUGAUGACAAUAUUUGCUUUUCUAAUAACUUUUCAAUUAAUUUUGAAACAGUUGAAAAUAACUUAGUUGAUGUUGAACUUUGGAAUCAUGCAUUAGAUUCUGCUUUAGAAAAGAAGGUUCCUGGUUUCUUGUACGAAGGUGAAUUUAAUGAAUAUACAGAGUCUUCAUCUAAGCAACAAAGUGAUGUCACACCAGAAUUAGUUGUAACCACUGUAUCUACACCACAUACACCACAAUCUCGUACAAAAUACUCUGCAUAUAAUGCUGACGACGAAUUUUCUAAUGGAGAAGACAUGGACAUAGAACGAAGGUGUGUACCUAAUGAUGAAGAAGACGAAAGAAAGCAAUUAUCUACUCCUGAUGACGAGCAAAGUUCUGACUCUGGUUUCAGAGAUAAAGAGUCUUGUGAGGAGGAAGAGAAUGUUUUCCUAUCUUCAGCUCCUUCAACUUCUGUUAAUGAUUCUGUUACAAUUGCACCAAUAUCUACCGAAGAACAACAAUUACAGAUUUUAUUGGAAUUGGACACCAUCCUUGAUGCUGAGUAUUAUGCAACAUUACAGGGUUGUGAAAAAGUAACAGAAGAUUUACCCUCAAUUAAAUGUACAGAAAGUAGAACAUUUUGUCUAAAUGAAGACAAAUCCAAUUCUUUACAAACUGUUGAUACAGUAGUUGAAAUCGAAAAUGGUGAAGGUUGUAUUAUGGAUGUCAAUUUAACAGAAAAUGAUACUAUGAAAUCAAUAUCAAAAGAUGUAAAGGAAAUAGAGGCAGAAAGUAUACUUAAACAUGAAGACGAGCUAGAAUUAAAAAAUCCAGGUAAUAUCAUUUCCUUACAAAAAGAUUUAAUGCAGGAUAAAUGUGUGAGUACAUAUUUAGCAUCAAAUCAGUGUCUGCUAGUUGCAAAUGAAAAUAAGCAAAAAAAUAACAGCACAACUGAAGAUGACAAUGGGAAGGAGAAAGAAAAAAAAACUGAAGAUGGAAAAGAUGUUGACGAUACACAUGCAAAUGAAAGUGAUAAUAGACAUGAAGCUGAGAACAGAAAUCAAAAUACAAAUACAACUGAAACAGAAGAUGAAGAUAGUUCUACAAUGAGUUUACGUAGUGAUAAUUCUUACGUAUCAUUUGGUAUGGAAGAAGAGUUUGUGACAGCAAUUCGAAACGAACUGAGAGAGAAGUUGCCUUGUGCUCAAAUGUCUGUUAUAGAACCUUUAGAGACUCUUGACGAUGAUGAUAAUCCUUCUAUAUCUAGUGAUAUAGAUAAUAAACAGUGGGACGAUGAUGAUAGUGAAGAAUCAUCCAAUCAAGGUAGUGGAGGCGUGGGUAUUUCAAUAAGGUAUAAUAUAUAUGGCACUCCACUUAGUCCAAUCCAAGAAGAACGAGAAAGUACUCUUACUUCGGAGUCUCUAAUGUCAAAUUCUAGAGAUGCGUCGAUUGCUUCAAAAGAAUCAGUGGUAUCAGAUGAUGUAUUGUUAGUCGAUACUCGAACAAAUAAAAUGGUUUUAUUAGAAGGAUUGGGAGAAAAAUUGCAUGACGAUGAGCGAGAUACAACUAAUGGAGAUCUUUCGGAAGAAGAAAAUUUUGAUUAUAAUUGUUCAGUAGUCUGUUCUCACGAUGAAAAAUCACAUAUCAUGAUUGGAAGUGGAGUAGCACCUUUGCCAAGUCCGGAAGAAGAAUCCAAAUGGCAACAGUUGCCUCCAUCUUUUCCAUUGCCCUUGCCUCUGACAUUAGAGGAUGGCCUAAUGUCAACAAGUUUUGGAACAGAGCAUGGCUGGGGUAGUCAAGAUGAAGAUGAAGAAGAGGAAGAAGAAGAAGAGGAGGAGGAAGAGGAAGAAGAAGACGAAGACAAUAGUUCUAGUUCUGGGGAAUUUGUUUGGAAGCGAUACAAUGAACCACAUGUUGAGCAAGUUCAAAACCGAAACAGUUUGAGUAAUGACGAAGGAACAGCUGUGCAUGCUGACAUUGAAGAUGAAAUGGAUGCAGAAGAAGAAGAAGAGGAGGAGGAUGAAGAAGACGAAGAAGAAGAAGAACAAGAUGAAGAAGGGGAUGCAGAAGAAGAAGAAGAUGAUGAUGAAGAGGAAGAAGAAUUUACACCAUCUGCUUGGAAUGCAACGUUAGCGCCACACCGUUCCGCAUUAAGAUCUCCAGACAAAACAUUAAAAUCCGGAGAUCAAAAGAAGAGUGUUUGGUUCAAGAAGCAACGCUAUCACUGCGUAUACGAAUAUCCGAAGGAAACAUUAGCUACCGAUACUCAAGGAGAGACUACUACUACCUGGGAACCAACUUCAUAUGCUGAUUGGGAGGAAAUGAUAGAUGAACCACGAUUAGAUCUUUAUCCUCUGGAUUAUGAUGAUGGUAACCAUACUGGAAACGAGGAAUUUUUUGUGACCAGUUCAAAUCGUCCAUUUCAAUUUCAAACUAGUGACAGUAAAUACGUAAGUCAAUUCUUUCCUGGUGCUUCUACAUCAGCUAAUGAAGAGUCGGACGAAGUAGACGGUAGUCGACAAGGAGUACAGCAAAAUAGCAUAGAAUUAUUAAAUGAUUAUGGACACGGUCAACAGCAUCAAUUAGGAGAACUCAGACACACUAGAGAUCGUUUAAAAUUAAAUUUGUCUACAAAUGGCGCAUCAUCUUUCUCCGUCAAAGAGAUAAAAGAGGACGAUGUUGAACAAUUGGAAGACAAAGAUACGGAAUCGGAAUCAACGGAAAGUAUAGAUGUUACACAGGACCAAUGCAUCCCAUCGAACUCCUUGAACCAUGAUCUUUUGCCAACGGUGCCUCUCCGUGAUAUUCACCAAGAGAGAAGUUGUGAACCAGCAUCUUCAAAAAUUGCCCAAUGUGAUAGCCAGGAGAAAGUUGAACCCACCGACAAGUGCAAUGUUUUAAUCGACGAUUAAUGCAUUAGAAUGUCGAUAGAAAGACAUUAAGAAAGGCUUAUAUUAGCUGAAGUC